AUGAACAAGAACUACGAGGAGGACAUGCAGUACACGGUGAAGUACUCCCGUUUCUUUCUGAAGGCGAUCGGCGUGUGGCCUCUGAUCGCCGAGCACACGAGCACGCGCGAGAAGAUCGUCUCGAUAUUUUUGAUAAUCUUCUUCAGCUUCUGUGUGCUGUUCGUCCUGAUCCCCAGCAGUUAUUAUUGCUUCUUCUACGUGACCGACGUCACCGUUAUGAUCGAACUGUACGGCCCCAUCAGCUACUGCGCGCUCAUCGGGGUGAAGUAUUGCUACCUCGGCGUGAAGGCGACCACCUACGGCCGCUGCAUGAAGCACAUGGAGAAACACUGGAUAUCCGUGGAGGACGCGGAGCAACGAGGCAUCCUGAAGGGCAACACCUCCGUUGCCAGGAAGAUAACCACCGUCUGCGCGGUGUUGUUCUACUCGUCCACGGGCUCCUAUUACAUCGCCAUGCCGCUAUGGUCGCCCGUGUUCCGGCGGAGCGAGACCGACCGACCAUUGGUCCAUCCCGGCUACGAAUUCUUCGUCGACGAACAGGCCACGCCCACAUACGAGUUUAUAUUCAUCAUGCACUGUUGCUACUGCUUCGUCACGUGCAGCGUCAGCACUGCGAAUUGCAGUCUGAUCGCUUUGUUCAGCAGUCACGCCCGCGGAUUGAUACAGGUGCAAGUCGCGCGGCUCAGGGAUCUGGUCGAGCACGAGGGGAAGGAUAUUAAGAGCCAGAGUCGGCUGUCGGUUAUUGUAAAGAAUCACGUGGAAAUACUAACGUUUACUAAAAACGUCGCGCAAGCGUUGCAAGAGGUCUGCUUCGCAGAAGUGCUGGCUUCCGUUAUCGUGACGUGCGCCGCUGAAUAUCUUUGCGUACUGGAAUUCAAGAAUCACAACACUAUAGCGACAGGAACUUAUCUGGGACUGAUAUUCUCUUUCGUUUUUAAUAUAUUCAUUAUCUGCUACGCGGGUCAGCUUUUAGUUGACGAGGGUGAGAGGCUUGGAGAUGCGUAUUACGAUAUCAAAUGGUACAAUUUACCGAAAAAGAAGAGCGCCAGUUUAAUUCUUAUAAUCGCUGCGUCCAAGAAAUCGCCGAAACUCACCGGAGGAAAGAUUUUCGAAAUCUCGAUACCUACGUUCAGCAGUGUGCUCAGGUCGUCGGUAGUGUAUAUGAACUUGUGUCAAGCUGUGUCUGCAUGGUAA